AUGCCUACCGACAUGGAUAUUGACACUGCAGUUCCACCCACUGAAUUCAUGGAUGAGGAUCCUCCUGCCAUCAACGAGGAAACCAGCAAUGUCGCUACAUUGAUAGACGAGUUGAAGCACGAAGAUGUUGCUUUGAGACUGAACUCUACAAAGAAGCUGGAUGUUAUCGCCAACGCUCUCGGUGUCGAGAGAACCAGAACUGAGCUUGUGCCUUUCCUCCAAGAGUCCAUUGAUGAUGAGGACGACGUCUUAUUGGCCUUGGCUGAAGAGUUGGGUAAACUGGUAGACGCUGUUGGUGGCAAGGAGUACGCUUACUACCUCUUGCCUCCAUUGGAGAACAUUGCGGCUGUCGAGGAAGCAACUGUCAGAGACAAGGCUGUUGCUUCACUCUGUCAUAUUGCUGACAUUUUACCCGAGGAACAUGUUGAAAAGUACUUUGUCCCUCUCCUCAAGAGACUCACUGUGGGCGAUUGGUUUACCAGUAGAACUUCUGCUACCGGCCUCUAUGCUGCCGUCUUGAAAAGAGCAUCUGAACCUCUCCAACAAGAGCUGAAAACUCUGUUCAAGCAAUUGGCAGAGGAUGAUAGCCCAAUGGUGAGAAGAUCUGCUGCAAAGGCAUUGGUGAACCUUGUAGGCCAAACUUCCCCAGAGGAUGUGCUUCCCUUGUUUGAGAAGUUGUCUAAAGAUAACCAAGAUUCCGUGCGUCUAUUGACAGUCGAAGUGUUAGUUGCCCUUGCCAAUAAACUCUCAAAGGAACAAACCAAGACUCUCUUGUUAUCUGCUUUCAUUUAUUUGGCAAAUGACAAGGCCUGGAGAGUGAGAUAUAUGGUUGCUUCCAAAUAUGUCGAGCUUGCAGACGCAUUUGGACAGGAUAUUGCUAGAGAGAAUUUCACUACAGCCUUUGUCAGCAUGUUGAAGGAUACUGAAGGCGAAGUCAGAACUGCUGCUGCUAGUCAAGUGCCUGGCUAUGCUAAGUUGGUGGAUAAAUCCGUGAUUCUUGAGGACCUUUUGCCUUGUGUCAAGUUGCUUGUUACUGACGAGAAUCAGCAUGCCCGUGCUGCACUUGCUAAAGACAUUAGUGGUUUAGCACCCAUCAUUGGACAAGACGCCACCAUGGAAUACUUGUUACCCCUGUUUUUGCAACAAUUGACAGACGAAUUUCCUGAUGUGCGUUUAAAUGUCAUUUCCAACUUGGAGACCAUCAACAAAGCCAUUGGCAUUGAGCGUGUAUCCCAGGCAUUGCUCCCAGCUAUUGUUGAAUUAUCCGAGGACAAGCAAUGGCGCAUCCGUUUGGCCAUCAUUGAAUAUAUUCCACUUUUAGCCAAGCAAUUUGGCAGCAAGUUCUUUGAGGAGAAGCUUUUGGAAUUAUGCAUGUCCUGGCUCCGUGAUCUUGUAUUCUCUAUUCGUGAAGCCGCUACUGUGAAUUUGAUGAAAUUGACAGAAGUUUUUGGUGCUGAAUGGGCCAAAGCAGCCAUUAUCCCCGAAGUGAUGAAGAUGACAACUGAUGAGAACUACUUACACAGAAUGACGACUAUUUUUGCAUUGACUACAAUGGCUGAAGCUUUGACUCCUCUGAUGGUUAAAGAUUCCAUUCUUCCUACAAUCACAGAAAUGUCAAAAGAUCCUAUUCCCAACAUUCGCUUUAACGUUGCAAAAUCAUUGGAGACUUUGAUACCAUUAUUGAAAAAAGAUUCCAGCACAACUGAGCUUGUUGAAAGCUCUGUUAAGCCUACUCUUGAAAAGCUGAGCGCAGAUCCAGAUGUUGAUGUCAAGUUCUUUGCCACCAGAGCCUUGGAGAGCAAUGCUUAA